AUGCUCAUGCUGCUGAGCUGGUCAGAUGAUACCACCGAUAUCACCUGGAAUGACGUUGUGGUCACAAAAGUGGACACACCUACCGUCUUGCUCUGUAUUGACGAGACAGUAAGAGGUGCUGUAGCCAUCAACUGGAUAAUGAAGCCAUUUAAUGAGGAGAAAGAGAAACUGGUCCUCUCGGCCAAUGAAAUGAAGGAGUUCUCUGGUGGUGCCUCAAAGGCAUCCAUGCGUUUGCAGGACUCUAACUUUCAGGACACUGGCAUUUUCUCUCUGUACUUUCUCCCCAAAAUGGAAGACCAAGGUCUCUAUUAUUGCUUGAUAAAACAGCAAGAGAGGACACUGAAGGAGAGGAUUAUCCUGUUAGCCAUCCUUACAGUCACCAUCGUCCCUGCAGUGCCUAUUCCACAUAACAGUACCCUGCGGCUGAUUGCCAGUGUUAAUCCCAACAUCGCUAUCACCAAGAUUACCUGGGCAAGACCUGGUGGCUUUCCCAUGAGGUCAGAGAAAAUGAGAAACAACGGGACAGUGGCCAAGCUGCCACAGUUUUCGUCUACUGACAGCGGGGCCUAUCUCUGCAUGGCACACCCCAGGGGUAACAGCAGUCACACCCUCUUCCCCUUCCACGUGCAGGUGGCCAUCGACGCUGACAAGGUGGCCUUAUUUACCAAUAAAACACACGGCUCUAAGAUCACCGCCACUGUGGCUCAGACUUCCUUCCGCCUGUCCUGUCCUGCUAUCCAGGGAGAUUAUGUCCUGCUCUACUGGCAACCUCCAGACAACAAGAAGCAGGAUAGCAUGAAGUUGGUGUAUGCAUAUGACCGGUGGAGGGGCUUCACCCGUAUGUCUGAGCGAGGCCCGAAGAUCCAGCUGGCAGGCCCCCCCUACAACGCCCAGGAGGGAAGCUUCUCCUUUCUGCUCACCCCUGGAAUCAAAGAUGGUGGUCACUAUAUCUGUAAGGUUUUCCUCAAUGACAACAUCCUCAGCCAGAGGACUGUCCUCACUGUGCUGAAAGUCAGGUCAACUCUAUCUGCUUCGAAGCUGGAGUUGUUGUGCCAGUACUCGGAGAGGUCUCAGGUGAAACGUGCUGGUUGGACCUACCAAAACCAGAGUCGCAAGCUGCAGAGCUUCUCACACAGCCCUGGCAUCAUCACCACCACCCUGCCCCUGCCCAUCACCUCCGACACAGCUGGCAACUACACCUGCACCCUGCAGCUGACUAACGGGCAGACCAUCUGGGCCACACACACUGUCACACUGCCCCCCGAAGGGAUUGUGAGUGUCACUACCACCCCCCUGCACCCUUCUCUCUUUGCUUUAUUACUCCUGGUGCCCCUGGUUGCUGCGGCUGUCGGUGUGUUGCUAUGGAGACAGGGACACAUUUCUGGUCGCGGUAUUGAGCAGUCUCUCUCUCACUACUCGGGCGAAGCAGAGAACAUCUAUGAGAAUCCUGAGGACAUCAGACAGACUUCUCCCCAGGGUUCGGUCUACAUGGAUUUGAAGCCAAGAGGAGAGGAUGAUGUCUAUAAGGAACUGGAGCGAUACGAGCAGUGUCAGGGCUGAUCACCUACCCACAUCUCAUCCUCAUCCAACUGUCACAUCCACUCAGUUCCCAGCUGCAGCAGAGGGCCUUUAUAAAGAAAACUAACAACUGAAUGUCAUGUCAUAGUUAAGAAAAAGUUCUGUGCUUCAGGGAAAUGCUACUGGAUGUUCGUAUGAUAUGUUUUCUAUUGUCGUAGUUUUACGUUACUAUAACUCUUUGUAACUACCACUGAUAUAUUGUCGCUGUCUUGCCUUGUAUAUUGUGCUUUAUGGUCUGUGUCAGUGUAAUUUAAAACCUUAUCUGCGAGCCACAU